UGUCAGCUUCCUGCCUGCAAACAGACGACAGGAAGAUUUGGAUCAUGCAGUCUGGGGUUUGGUGGCUGCUCUUUGCAUUGCCAGUUUGCAGUGCAAACUUUUUCCCACCACUGGUGAGCAUCAGUCUGGACCAGGCUCCAGAGAUGAGAUGGUCUCCACUUAAAGACCUCUUCAAUAAGGAUUUCUUACAGAAAGCAGCAGCUGAGGUGAUCGAUUCCACAGUUCCAGCAUGGGUUCACCAUGCUAUCAAGCCUAUAGUGAGAGCUCUGGAGUGGUUUACUCCUCAGCCGUACGCUGCUGAGAUCAGAGGCAUGGGAGCUUUAUAUGGCUUUGACAUCUCCGACAUCCUGCUGCUCAAUUUCGCUUAUGAAGUUUCCGCGUUCUGCACCAGUGUUAUAGCUCAAGACAGCAAAGGACAAACCUAUCAUGGUCGUAACUUGGACUACCCACAUGAUGUGCUCAAGAAUCUUACGAUUGAUGUUCUGUUCAUCAAAAAUGGAGAAGUGGCCUACAGAGGCACUACUUUUGCUGGUUAUGUCGGGUUAUGGACUGGGCAAAGUCAAAACAAGUUCACUGUGACUGCGAAUCAGCGAAGUAAAGGCCACUGGUGGGAAAAUAUCAUUUCUGCUGUCCUUUUGAAGAACUCUCCUGUUAGCUGGCUAGUGAGAGAGACUCUUGAAGAGGCUCCAGACUUCAUGAGUGCAGUCAGGCAGUUGUCUAAUAUACCCAUCAUUGCUGGUGUUUACUACCUUGUGGGAGGUGUUUAUCCAGGAGCAGGUGUGGUCAUCACCAGAGACAGGAGCGGUCCUGCUGAUAUCUGGCCUUUGGAUACACUCCAUGGAGAGUAAUACCAUCUAAAAACAAACAACGAUCACUGGCUGCCCUCACCAAAACGAGACACUAGAAUAGAAGCUGCUAUGGAAGCAUUGAACACUACAGGUCAAGAUAACAUCAACUUGAGAUCUCUUUAUCAGGUUUUAUCUGUGUAUCCUGUAUGCAAUAGAAAUACAGUCUACACGACAGUGAUGCGUGCAGCUGCCCCGGAUGAAUACAGAACUGUGGUUAGAGAGACAUGUGCUCAGUCAUUUAUGACAAAGGGCAUGGGUCUAAACUAAAACCUCACCAAACUUACUGUAGCUCCAAACCCACAUAACGACACUGAAAUUUCAGAUGAGCCAAAUUUAAAUAUAAUAAAGGCUACAUGGAUGAACUGUAUGAACAUGUUAUGCCACUGUCAUCUUCAAUUGUUGAAUAUAUUAUUAAAUUAUUGUAGUCAUUUUGAAUGAUUGCUUUAGCAUUUUAAAUUAUAUGAUAAUUGAUGGAAUUUUAAUAAAAGGCUGUACAUUUGCAUUUGUCUUAUUUUUGGAGACUGCAUGUGUAUAAUAAUGACAUUAACAGACAAAAUUAAUAAAAAAAAAAAACGUUUUAUUUA